AGUACGUUUCCAUAGAGACACAGCUGUCGUCGGUCAGUGCUCCCACAAUGCUACCUGGAUGAACAGCUUUUGCUAGUACAAAAACAAGCCUAGGAAACCCAUCAACUAACAGCAGAGAUGUCUCAGUUGUCAUCUGAAGAUGAGUUGGAGUUACAGUCCCUCCUCAAGCAGCUCCUGCGAAGCAUCAAUGACAAAAUUUCGGGUGCGCCGUCAACUGAAUGUGCUGAAGAGAUCCUCCUUCACCUGGAGGAGACUGAUAAGAACUUCCACAAUUAUGAGUUUGUCAAGUACCUGCGUCAGUAUGUGGAGAGCUCUCUGGGAAAUGUGGUGGAAGAGGAGACAAAGAACUUGAGCAGAGGAGAUGGGCAACAUGCAAUCGGCUCAGGACAUGACACCCUGAUUCACGCCGUGACCCGAAGGACCAGAGACUCAGCUGACUAUCAGCAGAUGAUGCAGACUUUGAAAAACACCAUGAUCAUGGUCGUGGAGUCUUUAAUCAACAAAAUCGAGGAGGACCAGCUGAGGAAGGAGGAGAUGCACCGAGAGAAGCAGCACAGUCAGUCCAACAGCCAGUACACCGAUAACUGCUCUGACAGCGACUCCUCCUUCAACCAGAGUUAUGCAUUUAUCAGACAAGAGCAGCUGCAAGUUUUGGCUGAAAAACUUGAGUCCAGCAAACCGAAAGAGGUGCGUUGGGAGGCUCUGCAGGCGCUCUGCUGUGCGCCUCCAUCUGAUGUCCUGAGCUGUGAGAGCUGGAGCAGCCUGCGCAGGAACCUCUGUGUGGCUCUGACCGAACCCGACCCCGACCUCAGCGAGAAUGUACUGCAGUUCUUUGCUAAAAGCUUCUCCUCCUCUCCACUGAACGUUACGCGAGAGAUCUACACCAGCUUGGCUACAAGCGUGGAGUCGAGCUUUCUGUCUCACAAGUUGAACUUUCCAAGUGGUUCAGCUGUUCUCGACAUCAACAGACCUGAGAUCAGUCGUCUUCUCAAACAGAUUCGUUUGAUGAAUGACUUUCAAAAGGAGGUGACUACCUUUUGGAUCCGUCAUCCAGAGAAAUAUAUGGAGGAAGUCAUAGAGAGCACAUUCUCCAUGUUGUCAUUCCAUCAUGAACACGGCUCAGCAGGGACAGAGAAAGCCUUGGAGCCAAUUCACUUACUGGCCAUACUGGAUGUUAAAGCUACCUGGUUCAAAAAGUGGAUGCAUGGCUACUACAGCAGGACUGUGGUUCUCAGACUCCUGGAGAGAAAAUAUAAGUCUUUGGUUGUAGCAGCUCUUCAGCAGUGUAUCCAUUACAGUGAAUCCUGUGAACAUUUCACAAAUGAGGCAACAGAUCCCCAGUCAGGGGAGCAACAGAACUCUGGUACGACGCAGAGGAGUGUUUAUUCUGGAAAGGAGCUUGGAUAUUCCUUCUUUGUCCACUCUCUGUGUGUCCUUGGGAAACUUAUCAUCUACACCAAUGGAAGAAAGCUCUUUCCCAUCAAAAUGAGGAAGCACAAAGAUCCAGUCAGUCUGACAGACCUGAUUGUCAUCCUCAUUAACAUCAUGUAUCGACACCCCAAGCCCCUGCACAGUGAUACCUCACACACAGACUCCCUGUCGCCCAGCGGUCUGGUGAUGGAGGUGCUGUGGAUGCUGUGUGAGCGGACAGAAUGUGCUGCAGAGUGUCUCUACCAGGCUCCUGUCAUAGAGACACUGCUGGCUCCGGUCAUAGCUCUACUCAGUGGACAGCAGGCCAAAUUAAAGUCUCCUGCAGCAACACUGACUCUCAUUGCUGAUGUUCUGGCUCGCAUCGCAAACACUGACAGAGGAUUAGCUCUCUUCUUAUACGAGCAGAAUCUCAUCGUAGCCCACAGUGAGAGAACCUUUGCUGCUCAUGUUAUUGUGCAGUUCACCCUGAGGCUGCUGGAUAAGGGCCUACCAUCACUGAGUGAAUCAGAUGUGUCCCAUACAUUAUGUGGAGCCUUUAUCUUUGUCUGUCGGCAGAUAUACAACACCUGUGAGGGUUUGCAGGUCCUCCGACCCUACGGCCUGCACAAAGCUGUAGCGGCUGCAUGGAAAAAGACUAUUUCUUUGUCAGAAAGGGUUCCAACCCCGGUACCUGGAGCCAGUGCUGGAACAUCUACCCAAGAGCUGCAGCACAUUCACAUCUGGGAAGAGACAUUGUUGGACAGUCUGCUGAACUUUGCUGUGACUCCUAAAGGCCUGCUGCUGCUCCAGCAGACAGGAGCCAUUAAUGAGUGUGUCUCCUACAUGUUCUCUCGCUUUACCAAAAAGCUACAGGUGAGCCGCUGUGAGAAGUUUGGAUAUGGGGUGAUGGUGACACAGGUGGCAGCAACUGCUCCAGGGGUCGUGGCUCUGCACAGCUCAGGUUUUGUCCGGGCACUGGUUGUAGAGCUGUGGUCCAUUCUUGAGUGCGGCAGCGAAGAUGUCAGAGUGGUCCGUCCUAAACCAACGCCCAUGGACCCCAUAGACAGGAGCUGCCUCAAGUCCUUCCUGUCCUUGGUCAACCUCCUAUCCUCUUCCCAGUCGGUGUGGGAGCUGCUGGGUCGGCAGCCUUUAGCCAACAAGAGCGACUACACCCUGAGGGAGAUGCCAUCCUCCAUACCUGAUUUGAUUGACAGGCUGAUUGCUGUGAAUUCAGAUGUGAAGAUUCAUUCCCUCUUCCACUAUGAGCAGUCUCACACAUUUGGCCUGAGACUGCUCAGUGUGCUCUGCUGUAAUCUGGACUCGUUUCUACUGAUGGAGAGCCAGUAUAACAUCUGCUCCAUGCUGCUGCAGAGUCAGAGGGAGAACAUCGCUGACCCAGACACCAGUGAGGGGGAGUUCAUCAUAGACAGCCUGUCGGUGGAGAGGAAUCAUGUGCUGGUUCGCGUCAGUGCGAUCGGAGGCCCGUCUGAGAGGAGGCUUCCCGCUCGAGCCCUGCAAGAGGGAGAACAUCCUUACCCCUGGCCUAUGUUUUCAUGCUAUCCUCUACCUCGCUGCUACAGUUUGGACCCACCAGAGAUCCAACAUAGUUUACAGGACUCUGAGAUCAGCGCAUUUCUGGCUUCACCAAAAGACUCAAACAACGAUGAGAGCUGGAUGGAGAACUGCCGGAGACAGUACUGCAAAGUCAUGACCUCAGAGCCCAACAUCCUAACCGGAAAGGUGCUGGCUGACCUUCUGGAGAAAGUUGUGGCUCAUCUAUCCAGCUCUGCCACAGAGUGCUUCUUCACUCCGGCUCGGUACAAAGCAGAGGAGAAGAGCGUGAAGAGUGCUGUAUUAUCAUCCGUGGAACAGCUGGGAAUCAACAUCUGUCUCAGAUAUGGCAGCUACCUGCAGCUAUUGAAAGAAGAUGCUGUGGAUGACCUGACGCUGCUAAUGAAGCACAUAAAGAUCUUCUUGUCCACACAGAGAGCUAAAACAUCAUCAGAGCUCGUCACUCAGCAGGAUGGUUAUCCGGGUCACGACUGGCUGGCCUCCACAGUUUUUCUCAUCAUGGCUGGAAACAUGGACCAGUCUUUACGUUUGUUACUUAACCUCUCCUCUCUGCUUGUCUCCGCUUUCAUCUGGCCCGCAAGGAUACACGCAUCUGUCCAUUUUUCCAAGGAAGUAGCUGAGUCAGGGAUCCCUCCUGUCUACUGGUGCACAGCUCACUAUGUGGAGAUGCUGCUGAAAGCUGAAGUCCCUCUGGUCCACUCCGCCUUCAGGAUGUCUGGCUUCACCCCAUCACAGAUGUGCCUCCAUUGGCUGACUCAGUGUUUCUGGAACUACUUGGACUGGACAGAAAUCUGCCACUACAUUUGCACCUGUGUGGUGAUGGGCUCAGACUACCAGGUUUACAUGUGCGUGGCCAUAUUUAAACACCUGCAGCCGAACAUCUUGCAGCGCACACAGUCCCAGGAGCUGCAAGUCUUCCUCAAGGAGGAGCCGAUCCAGGGCUUCGAAGUCAGCAACUACCUGGAGUUUAUGACGGGACUGGAACGCAGCUACAGGGAUAUUGUUCUGGCUGAUAUGAAGAGUAUCCGAAAUCCUGUCGAGUAAGAGCGUGUUGAACCUGUCUCAGAAAGUUUAGUAAAAGGUUGUUGAACAAGUUUGAAUUGGAAAGUGGUCUGCAUUUAUAUAGAGCCUUUUAACCUGAGUGGUCCAACAAGGUGCUUUAGUGUUCGCUUUUGCAUCUGCGCCUGCCAUCGAGAGCAGCCUGAGGUGUGUUGACACGUGGAGGAGCCGUGGGGCCGACAACCUGCUCUGCCACCUCAGUCACAGCUGCACACUUUCAAUCUGCCUCAGCUUCAUUGCAGCUUGGUUCAGAUGCGCUUAUCUCCUGGUGUAACGUAACACUGUUUUUCACCACCGAGGGGGAUUCCAGCACAAGCCCUCACUGUGGACUGUGACUCGCUGAAUAUGUAUGUGUACCAUGUUUUCAUGCUAAUCAAACUGUUCAGUGAGCUCAUAUCCAGCAGAUGGGGAUGUAUCAUGGAUGAGAGAGUCUUGCCAUCAGAGUAACGAUGGAAUAUUGAUUGAAACAGAAUUUAGGGCGCAGCUCUGCAGUGUCUCCAAGGUGCCCACAAACGGUACUCGCUGUGUGAUAAUCUGAGCGAAAUACUUAAAAGAGAGACGCAAUAAUCUGGCUGUAGAGCAUCAACAAGAAGGCCAACAUGCUUCUUGUUGUCAUAACUUCUCGACUCGACCAAAAAACCCUGUAGCUCACGUUUGUUCUGUGAAAUUAGAGGACAUGUCAGGUGAUAUUUAAAAGGUUUUUUUAAUUAAAAAUUCCAUGAAAAGACCAAAGACAAUCAGGUAUUCCCACUAACAGCACUGUCAUAGAUCUCCACUGUUGCUCUGCACUGUAGUUUUUUUCACUAUUCUCCUGGUAAAAAUACUCACCAGCAAACCAUAACAAUCCACUGCAGAAAAUAGUCCCCAACAGAUUAGUUUCAGUACAAGUAACUUCAAACAGCAGUGACCACCUUAGUUUUAUUGUGUCUAAUCUAAAAUGUGAGUUUUUGACCCAACAUGAGAGAUUUCUGAUCAACUAAUUUAACCAAUAUUGUUUCAGCACCUGUAAGAAGUUGUACAUUACAUUACUGUACAUGAUGUAAGUGGUGAUUGUGAAUGUUGGUUUGAGAAUUCAGCAAUCAAAUUUAGGAAAUGUUUGGUCAUGUUGUUUGGUAUUUAUUUAUUCCUUCAGUGUAAAUAUGUGAAUUUCUAAGAUAUUUUGUAUGUGUUCAAUGACAUAUUCUUGCUCUGAGUUAUUAAAAGAAGCAACUUGUGAGGUGA